AUGGGCGUCGUGCUGGGCCUGGUGGUGCUGUGCGAGGGUGGGAAAGCCGGACCAGGCCGGGGACCACCGACUUGGUGCCGGGCCAGGCUGGGGCAGGUGAGGAGCCGUUACUCCCUGCCCUACCUUCUGCUCCUGCCGCUGGGAGCCUGCUUUCCUCUUUUGGACAGAAAGGAGCCCACAGACUCGGUGGGCGGCAUCGGAGCCGGUGUGAGCUGGGCCCACCUGGCCCAGGGGGACAGACCCCACUUUGUAUGGGGCUCCUCCCGGUGGCCAAGGGCUCCACACGCACAGACCCUGCUUGUCAGGGCCAAGGGGCUGCAGGCCUCAGGCGGAGAGCAGGCUGGCUUCCGCCUGGCCAGGCAGGACGACAGCAAGGCCACUGGCUUCCUGCCCACUGAUGGUGAGAAGGCGGGUGGCCUGUUAGGGCACCUGGCUGAGGAGCUCAAUGGCUACAGCAGGAAGAAAGGUGGCUUCCGCUUCCGCUUCGGCCGGCGUUGA